CCCGAAUUACACUCCAUUCCUCUCUCUCUCUCUCUCUCUCUCUCUCUCUCUCUUUGGGUUUAUUAUGAGGGAAGAUGGCGGCGGUGCGGGCUGGAUCGAUGUUCCAGCGGUGGAAGCGCUUUGAUCUUCGCCAGCUGCAGAAAGACCUUGAUGUCGCUGCCAACGCUCUCGCCAGCACACAGCAUGAGAACGAACAAACACGAAAAAAACUCAUCGACCAGAGCGACGAGCUCAAAAAACACACACCGGAGGACUUACAUGAACACAUCACUCCACUGUUAAAGGGCUUCCAGUCUGAGAUCGAUGCUCUGUGUGAAAGGAGUAAAGAGUCAGAGGCUGCUUUCCUCAGUGUACAUAAGAGAUUAAUUGAUGUCCCAGACCCCGUGUCUGCGUUAGAAGCAGUGCAGCAGCUGCAGAUUGCGGUUGUUAAGAUGCGCGACGUGGAGGCGGAGAAUCAGAAGUUGAGAGAGAGACUGCAAGAGUAUGACAGAGAGGUCGCUGAGGUCAAAGGUCACGAAGAAACAAUUAAAGCUUUGAGGGAGAAAUUGGAGUCAUACGAACAUUUAAUUCACUGCGGGACGAAGGACGAAGAUGAAGAGCAACACCACGAUGAAGAAAAAGAAACACCCGGUGAGAGUAAAACGAAGAUGGCGGAGUUCGAGACGGCCAAUCAGGCUCUGGAGGUGGAGCUUGUGGUAAAGCAGAGAGAGGUGGAGCGUCUGAUUGAGGAUGUACAGAAACUUCAGAGCAGCUUGACUGAGCUCACAGACUCGACAGCCAAUCAGAUCAGAGAUUUACAGCAGCAGCUCGACUACAAACAUGCACUACUGCAGGAGCUCGAGGAGAAACUGGAGGCUCAGGCAGAUUAUGAGGAGAUAAAAAGGGAACUGAGCAUCCUCAGAUCCAUGGAGCUCGGUUCCUCGGAGCGUCCUGCAGGACAGGGAUCCCCGAGACAGCGGGACGCAGCCAGACAGGAGGACAACAGCCAGGACAGAGACGCCUUCCAACAGCCACUGAUUCAUGAGGAGAUCACUGGUUCUGCUCAGAGUCAUCUUCCUGCCUCAUCCUCCUCCUCCACACCUCCUCAGUCUGGCCACUCCCACUCACCUCUUUCUCAAAUCCUCCUGAGGAGCAAAGCUCCACCUGAGUCGUCCCACUCCUUCUCCUCUGAUCGUUUCAGGCACGGCUUCGGUGCCACUGUUCCUCCACUCUCUGGGAAACCCUCAGUGAACUCAUUUCUACAGCGGGCUUUUGGGCAGAACCUGUACAGCUCUGACCUGCACCUGGAAGAGGAAGUGGACACGACUGAAAUUGCACGGCAGGUAAAGGAGCAGCUGAUGAAGCACAACAUCGGGCAGCGCGUGUUUGGACAUUACGUGCUCGGGUUGUCUCAGGGGUCAGUCAGCGAGAUCCUCGCUCGCCCCAAACCCUGGAACAAACUCACUGUCCGCGGGAAAGAACCGUUUAAUAAGAUGAGGCAGUUCCUGUCUGACGAGCAGAACAUCCUGACGCUGAGGAGCAUUCAGGGACGACAAAGAGGCAACAUCACUAAUAGAGUCCGUGUUCCUGAAAGCACCUCAGACGACUCCCUCAAGUCCAUUAUGGAUCGGACUAAAAGAGACCUGCAGGGACACAAAUUUGAUCAUCUUUCAUCUGUCCUGGAUGUACAGCAGGCCAUGCCCAGUCCCACAAUGACCUCUGAAAUUCCCAAUAUGAGCUCUAAAUUGCUGAGUUCCUCUGUUCCUGUGCUGUCUUACUCACCUUUGGAUCUUCAUUCUGUGAAGAACACGUCCUCCUCUUCUGUGAUGGACUCCUGGAAAGAGCAGUGGUGGAGCGCGAUACACGGCGAACAGCACAAAGACACACACACUCAGGAAGAAGCUGAGGAUCAGUGGAAAGACCAGACCAACACAGAGUCUCCAUUUACCAGAAGUUCGGAACAAAAUUUGCAGAUGUCCAACACAGACGAGACGCCUCACAGCAGCCCAUUGCUGCCUUCUGCGUCUUCUUCUCCCUUGUCAUUGCAAACAAAGCAAAUGAAGGCCACGAUGGCGCCACUAACAUCUGAGCAGUACGAAAGAUUCAUGUACCAGGAACUGGAUACGCUGGAGCUCACGCAACAGGUCAAAGAGAAACUCGCUAAGAACGGCAUCUGCCAAAGAGUGUUUGGGGAGAAGGUACGAAAUACGGUGUGGUCACAUGCGGAGACUGACACAGAGACCACACCCCUUCUUUACUGGAAUAAACUGACUCAGAAAGGCAGAGAGCCGUUUAUACGCAUGCAGCUGUGGAUUGAAGGAGAACUGCAGGACCCCAUGAAGGAGUCUUCUGCGUGUGUUAGCCCCGUCCCUGAGUCUCCUGAAUGCUCGUCUGAGGAGCUCGUUAAACUCGUCAAGGACCAGCAGGAAGAGGCGGAGUCUGAGUCACAUGACACCGCAGUCAGCAUACAGGAAGCGGCGGCGGUCGGUCCACCAGAACUCGACACCUACUCCAUUAGCAAACGGGUCAGAGAGGUUCUGAGUGAUAAUAAUCUUGGUCAGCGUCUGUUCGGUGAGGCUGUUUUGGGUCUGACUCAGGGUUCGGUGUCGGAUCUUUUGGCUCGGCCCAAACCGUGGCACAGACUGAGUGUGAAAGGCCGCGAGCCGUUUGUGCGAAUGCAGCGAUGGCUGAACGACGCGAACAACAUCCACAAACUGAGAGCAGUCAAACACACGGAGAAAAAAGUGUAUCUGAAGAGGCAUGUGAGCUCGGUGUGUGAGGACACUGUGGUGGACAGUGGGGUGUGUGUGGGCGAGUAUGGACAGGAGUGUGUUCCACAGCUGAAGAAAUCUCGGGUCGUCCUCACUGCGCUGGAGAAAGAGGCUCUGAGAAAAGCUUACGAGGAGAAACCUUAUCCCUCUCCAGGAACCAUUGAGGAACUUGCACAGCAGCUUGGACUCAAACCCAGCACUGUCACCAACUGGUUUCAUAACUACAGGUCUCGUAUUCGGCGUGGGGUUUCCACGGACGCGGCUGCAGCGAGAUCAGGUGGUGUCACUGAGGGACAGACGAGUGGAACCCAAGAGUCGUCCUUUAACUUCUCAGAAUCCUCGGCUUCGCCCGGAGUUCUGAGAGACAGCAGCCUGCGCAGACGGAAAGCCGCCAACCUGAACAGCAUCAUCCACCGGCUGGAGAAAGCUGCGAAUCGGGACGAGGCCCAUGACGACGAGGACACGUGCGAGAGUGCAGAGUGUGAGAACGCUUCCUCUUCAGGGUAACGUCGAGGUGUGUGUGUGGGCGGAGCACUGUCAACCAAGCAGCUCAUUAGCAUAUUAGACCACACCCACCUGUGUGAGCAGCUGUUUUUUUUUUUUACAGUGUUUUAUUCCGUUUAUAUCGAAUUAUAAAUUUGCUGGAUGAUUAAUUUAAUAUAUUUUGACACUUGUGUCCGAUACGAAGCGUCAUCACGGUGUGGGCAGAACACCUGCAUUAAUGCUUUACUGGAAUCUAAAGAGGAACGAGGGAGAAGAAUGAGAAUAAAAUCAGCUCCAGCUGUGAGCUCGGGGGAUGUGGGUUUAUACGACAGGAGGAAAAAAACACAACGAGAUGAUUUUAUUAUUAAAUCCUUACACAGGGCACUUAAUGCUCGAUUACAGAGCACCAACACUCCCAAACCCUUCAGCAAUAAAGGCAGCAACUGUUUUAAAGGUUUUUUAA